ACCCUUUGGGGAAAGACAAACGGCUGCGGCGAGCACUCGGGACCUGCCUUCAGUGAACCAUGGGGCUCAGUGAUGGGGAAUGGCAGCAGGUCCUGACCGUCUGGGGAAAGGUGGAGUCUGACCUCGCCGGCCAUGGGCAUGCAGUUUUAAUGAGGCUCUUUCAGGAUCACCCCGAGACCCUGGAUCGCUUUGAAAAGUUCAAAGGCCUGAAGACCCCUGAUCAGAUGAAGGGCUCUGAAGAUCUGAAGAAACAUGGAGUUACUGUCCUUACCCAGCUAGGCAAAAUCCUGAAGCAGAAGGGUAAUCAUGAGUCAGAGUUGAAGCCCCUGGCUCAAACCCAUGCCACCAAGCACAAAAUCCCUGUCAAAUAUCUAGAGUUCAUUUCUGAAGUCAUUAUCAAGGUCAUUGCCGAAAAACACUCUGCAGACUUUGGGGCUGAUGCCCAGGCUGAGCUGAAGAAGCUGGAGCUCUGCCGAAACGAUAUGGCCAGCAAGUACAAGGAGUUCGGUUUCCAGGGUUAGCACAUACGCACAGAGAGACACCACGAUGGAGGCCUGGCCAUGCAUCUUAGAAUAGCUUCCCCGGCACUGUUUUGGACAUCUCACAAUUGGCCAUCCAAGAUGUGUGGGAAAGCUUUGAUGAGAGGCCAAGAGUCACUCCAGGCAGCAUAGAGGCACGCAGAGUGAUAUCCAUGAUAAACCGUUGUUUCCUGGCUUCACGUAUACAAGAGAAAUAAUCUGCUUUUUAGGAAAAA